AUGUCGCAUCCCAUCGCCUUUACACGUCCAGAGUAUGAUUGUCAAACGAUAGAUUCGUCUGGCAGUGCGCAAAACUGGACUUUAGUCAAGGAGCGACUACGUAUUUUAAAUUGCGGAAAGGACGCGCACGGAUACAGCGAAUUUUCUGGAUUUGGAUGUCCUCCUUUAACCCUUGGGAAGAGCGGCGACAUUUACCUUGAUCUUGACCCUGCAUCCAUCAAUUUGUAUGGCCGCUAUACAGACGAAUGGAAACUUUGGCCGGGACCUCAUUCCCGUGAUGACGUUUUGUUACAUCCAAUCUACCAAAAUCGUUGUCUAUGGUGCUCUGAGACGAUUGGGUGGCAAGCUCUCAACCGUGUACAACUUCAUCAGGAUAAGUCUCGACAGAUUGUCAUCGCCAAUUCUGCUACGUAUGAAGAACAUCAGAAAUAUGUAAAGAAAAGACAAAUUCUGGAAACUAAUGGUCCAAAUCCAAAAAGGUCCAAGACCACAAAGAGCCCAAAUCAAUCACAGGCCUCCUCGUCUUGCCAACGUAUACCAAAAAAUUCUAGGCCGACGACCAACUCUCCAUCCCGAUUUGUUUCAAGUGGCGGUCAACUCACCACCGCAUCUGUCCGAGUACACAUGGCAUUUGGUUCUCAAGUCAUUGCGAACACAUCUGCCGGGCUCCGAAGUCCUAUAGCGGAGGGAAACGGCAUGGGAACCGGAGAAGAACCUAGCAAUCUGGUUGCUGACUUUGAAAAACUAAAAGAUGUUGCAAACACUGCGGUGUAUGGGUUACAGAUCGCUCAGCAACAAAUUGAUCGUUUGAAACAAGAAAAUGAUUUUUUGAGAUCAACGCUGGCGCAACUUUCUCAAAAUGAUAGAAGUCGUGUUCAUCACACGCCCCGGGUGGAAUCGGCCCUGACUAGCUUGGAUCGCGGAACUGAACGUUUGACUGGACAAACACCGGAUGUGAACACCGAAGUUCCACCAAACGGGAUACCAGAUGAUGCAGACUUCCUUAGCGUUAACUCUUCAAGAAUAUCAGGGAAUUGGAUUCCAAAUGACAGCCUAGUCCAAAUGCAAACAUCAGGCGCCCAUGCUGUUGAAUCAGACCUAGACCAUCCACCAAGCUCGCUUCGAGUUGCCGAUUCCAUGCCUAUCGAUAUUGGCUGCACAGCUCAGUCUCAAGCUCUCGUCAACGACAAGGAAGCUGCGGAUCUACCAAUGCCUCCGAGUUCCGUGCACUCUCUGCAUAGUUAUCGAGUAGAGUCGGAAACGGAAGACGCACCUGCCGGUGCCGGUAUCGAAGCACCUUUGCAGCUGAAGCUGAAGCUUGAACAGGCACAUAUGUCCAUUCUCUAUGGACAAGUGGAUGAUUUUAUCGCUUGUAGACUUUGCAGAGCGCAAGGUAGCCCGAUUUUCGAAAUAAAAGCAGCCACACAAGACUCGAGGAAAGCUAUGGAACGACAUCUCAUUGAAGAGCAUCCGGUUGAAGUUGAGACGAUGUGUUGUCUGAAGUACGAUGAUCUCCAACAGCUAAAAGACGGCGACUACCGGAGAUAUACCUUGAGAACUAUUGGAAGAAAAACAGGACUGCGUAGCAAUCUCUCAGACGCACAGUUCUGUCAUCAUCCAACGCUCGCGAAUAACAAGGGCAUAUUCCCACUAAUCGCUACAUUCACUGAAAGGUUAGACAACUAUCGUAUGGGCGAAUAUGUACCGACCAAUUUGACAGCCGAUACCAACUUCAUGGAGCUUACUGCUUAG